UCUUGCGGGGGCUCUGUUUCAGGGGAAACACCAGGUUAGAGGAAGCCUGUGAAAUGUACACCAGGGCUGCAAACAUGUUCAAGAUAGCCAAGAACUGGAGUGCUGCAGGGAAUGCGUUUUGCCAGGCAGCCAAACUUCACAUGCAGCUGCAGAGCAAACACGAUUCAGCGACCAGCUUCGUGGACGCCGGGAACGCUUACAAAAAAGCAGAUCCCCAAGAGGCCAUCAACUGCUUAAAUGCAGCUAUUGAUAUCUACACUGACAUGGGGCGAUUCACUAUUGCUGCCAAGCAUCACAUCACCAUCGCAGAGAUUUAUGAGGCUGAGCUGGUGGAUAUUGAGAAGGCAAUCGCACACUACGAGCAGGCUGCAGACUACUACAAGGGAGAAGAAUCCAACAGUUCAGCCAACAAGUGUCUGCUGAAGGUUGCUGCUUACGCCGCUCAGCUGGAGCAGUACCAGAAGGCCAUCGAGAUCUACGAGCAGGUGGGAACCAAUACCAUGGACAAUCCUUUGCUCAAGUACAGUGCGAAAGAGUAUUUCUUCAAAGCUGCCCUGUGCCACUUCAUUGUGGAUGAGCUGAAUGCUAAGCUGGCACUCGAGAAAUACGAAGAAAUGUUCCCAGCAUUCACAGAUUCAAGAGAGUGCAAGCUAUUAAAAAAACUGCUGGAAGCCCACGAGGAGCAGAACUGCGAGGCCUACACCGAGGCA